AUGACCGACAUCACACAGCAGAACUGCAGGGUGCUUCACCAGACAAACAGACCAUCCCUUCAAUCUCCGCUCAAAAUCCUCAGUGUUUUGGUUGUCAGUCUUCUCCUAACACACUCUUGUAAAGGUCAGUCCCAGUUAAUUGGUUCAUCUCAGCCAAUAGUGGCAACAGUUGGUGAUGACGUCAUUUUGCCAUGUCAUCUGGAACCUGCCAUGGAUGUUGCUGCCAUGACACUGGAGUGGACCAGAUCUGACUUGGACUCCAUAUGUGUCCAUGUGCAGCGUGCUCAUCAGGACUUCAUACAAACUAUACAUCCAUCCUACAGGGGACGAACAUCACUGUUCACUGAUGAGCUGAAGCAGGGAAACAUUUCACUGAAACUCUCUAAAGUGAAACUUUCUGAUGAGGGAAAAUACAAAUGUAACAUUCCAACACUCAAUAAACAAUCUUCUGUUGAACUUUUUGUUGGUAAAUACAGAGCACACAUGCUUUACCAUAUUAAGUUAGCUUUACAGCUGUGCAUCUUUUUUAUUUUUUUAAUUGGUGAUUGUGUUGCUCACCACUGUUUUAAAAAUGACUUUUUUUCCUCAUCAUCAGGUGCUGCCUCCUCACCUGUCAUCAGUUUAGCAGGUGUUGACAGAGACAGAGGAGGAGUGGUGUUACAGUGUGAAUCUAAAGGCUGGUAUCCACAGCCUGAGGUGUUUUGGUUGGAUGGUGAGGGAAACCUCCUCUCUGCUGGACCCACAGAGACAGUCAGAGGUCCUGAUGACCUCUAUACUGUCAGCAGCAAAGGGACUGUAGAGAAGAGACACAACAACAACGUCACCUGUAGAGUCCAACAGAACAACACCAACCAGAUCAGAGAGACACACAUUAUUGUUCCAGAUGAUUUCUUUAAGGUCCAGUCUAGUUCUUUUCCUAUCAUAAUUGGUUUGGCUGUUUGCAUCGUGAUUAUUGGCCAGGGGAGAGAAGAAGCUGAGAGGGAAGUUAAGAGACUGGAGAUGGAGCUGGAGAUCAAGAACAAGAAGGUUGAAAACAAACAAGCUGAAUGUGAUCUGUUCACGGAGCUGCAGCAGCUCCGUGAAGACAAUCAGAGGACAGAGAAAGACCUGCAGACCAUGGAGAAGGAUCUGGAGACAAAGGAAAAAAAGUUGGAGACAAUAAGAACGGCCAAGUAUUCUAAGAUUGCUGUUUUGGUAUGUGCUCAUUUAUGUUCAGUCACAUGUCUUGAUAUGAUCCAGUUCAGCAGGGAGCAGCGGCAGAGGAAGGAGCAAGCUGAAAAAGCUGAGCAGACACUGAAUGAUGAGUUGCAGAAACUGAAGGACCAGUUGAAGUCCAAGCAGGAGGAGUUUGAGACCAAGACCAACGAGGUUUAUAUUUGUACAUUUUCCUCAUAA